GUCUGAGAUUAUAUUUCUUCAUUAGGAAACCGAAACGGGCUCAGGCUGAGUUCGUGAAAACUGCUAUAAAUUCCUUGCCAAGUCCUGUCAUAUACUUCUUUUUUCACGUAACGAAUAUUAAUAUGAGUGAUUCUUCAGCUAAAAUUAACAAAGACGAGUUGGCUUCUUUGAAAGAAGCUUUUCAACUGUACGAUCACGACAAGGAUGGAAGCAUCACACUCGAGGAAUUCGAGAAUAUUCUCAAGAGUCUCGGCGUUGCAUCGGACGAAAAGCAUUUGAAGAGCCUUGUGCAAGCUAUAGAUAAGAACAAGGACGAUGUCAUUGACUUUGACGAAUUUGUUUCAGCAAUGGACAAGCUGAUGCCAAAAGACGACGAAGGGCAAUCACAAGACGAGAAUCUGCGAAAAACCAAGUCGUAUCCUCCCACAGAUAACCGACAUAAAAGCUUCAACAACCAGCGCAUGAGUUACCACGAGGAAGAUGAGCUGAUGGAAUGUUUCAAAGCUUUCGACAAGAACCAAGAUGGGCAAAUCAGCAGAAAAGAACUGGAAGAAGUAUUGAACAAGCUUGGCGAAAAAUUGUCGCCUGACGAGAUCAAAAACAUGAUGGAGGAUGCAGAUACCAACAAGGAUGGUUAUAUUGACUUUGAAGAGUUUAAAAAGAUCAUCCCUCCAAUGACCUCCUCGCCGCCUGCCAUGGAUUAAAAUGUUAUUAUGAAUAAAGAAAUGCAUUUCCACGUGUUUAUUGUAU